AUGAAUCAAAGGAUCCUUGUGAACCACUUACUGACUUAUCCAAACCAAGUACUAGCAAUCCAAGUACUAGCAAUCCAAGUAAUGCCCAUCCAAGUACUAGCAAUCCAAGUGAUAAAAAAGCUGCAAGCUCUAAAUUUAAUCCUCCAAAUUAUGGUAGACAUACAAGGACAACCCAAGAGAUAUAUGAGCAGAAUUAUAAACGUUCCGACAAAUCAAGUCAAAUUUAUACUCAAUAUGAAUCAAAGGAUCCUUGUGAACCACUUACUGACUUAUCCAAACCAAGUACUAGCAAUCCAAGUACUAGCAAUCCAAGUAAUGCCCAUCCAAGUACUAGCAAUCCAAGUGAUAAAAAAGCUGCAAGCUCUAAAUUUAAUCCUCCAAAUUAUGGUAGACAUACAAGGACAACCCAAGAGAUAUAUGAGCAGAAUUAUAAACGUUCCGACAAAUCAAGUCAAAUUUAUACUCAAUAUGAAUCAAAGGAUCCUUGUGAACCACUUACUGACUUAUCCAAACCAAGUACUAGCAAUCCAAGUACUAGCAAUCCAAGUAAUGCCCAUCCAAGUACUAGCAAUCCAAGUGAUAAAAAAGCUGCAAGCUCUAAAUUUAAUCCUCCAAAUUAUGGUAGACAUACAAGGACAACCCAAGAGAUAUAUGAGCAGAAUUAUAAACGUUCCGACAAAUCAAGUCAAAUUUAUACUCAAUAUGAAUCAAAGGAUCCUUGUGAACCACUUACUGACUUAUCCAAACCAAGUACUAGCAAUCCAAGUACUAGCAAUCCAACCAUACCAACUUGUUCAUAAAGAUACAGUUAUUGUUCAAUCUAAUCUUGCAAGUAAUGUUCUCAUGCAUAAAAGAGAACUUGAUUCUAAGAUGCAAGCAAUUCCUGAAGAAAAUAAAAAACCUACGAAUACAUCCGCUACAUUGCCCUUAAUAAUGUUGACAAAGGAUAAUUUUACGCCAAUGUGGUGUUCAUGGAAAAAUGAAUUUCUCACAUAUAUGAAAUCGAUCGACCAAGUAGGAAAGAACAGUAAAGAAAAGUGGGGUAUCAUGCUGUUGAAUCGUUUGGGUCCCAGUGGACAAGAAAUAUUUAGAAUGUUUAACUUUGAUGAUGGUCAAGAUAAAGAAGAUAUAAAUGUAUUAUUCGAGAAAUUCGAUCAGUAUUGUACACUUGAAAGGAAAACGAGAAAAACUGACGAAGAUAUCGAUACAUACGUAAAUAACUUGAAGGUAAUGGCGUCGAAAUAUACGAACGAUGUAGAUGAAGUAGUGAAGAAGAAAAUUCUGGAAGAAGUAGAUAAAAACAAAUUUACAAGCAGUGCUGUAAGUUUGAUGCCAAAUUUCUCAUUCUCAUUCAGAGUAAAGUCUUUGAGUGUACAAGAAAUAACGUAUAUUUGGAUGAAAUGUGAAAACGUGAAUUUUAAACAAAGGGAAAAAAUCGACAACUAUUUGGUUAAGAACUGCAGCAACUGUAGUUACAUACAUGAUAUAGGAAGAUGUCCCGCUUAUGGUAAACAAUGUAAGAAUUGUGGCAAUAUGAACCACUAUUCAAAGAGAUGCCCGUCUCAAUGUAAAGAUAAUUGCUCAUUUUGUGGAGACAGUCAUUUCUUUCAAGACUGUCCUUCUUAUAUGAAUGAAUGCAGCAAAUGUCAUAGGCUACAUCACUUUCGUUGGAUGUGCGGACUUCAAAAAAUCGUAUUUUGCAAAUUUUGCGGUUCAUUUCAUAUCAUGUCUAGACGCGUGUGCCCUGCAAUAAAUAAUAUAUGUUCGAAUUGCAACAAAGUAGGUCAUUUUCCGGAAAAAUGUUCGAAUUAAACAUGAAUUUUAAACAUGUUGUAACGGGAUGAUUUUUUUUACUUUUUAUUUUUCUUUCA